UAAAUCAAUCGUUCACCUAUGCAGAUGCAACACAGCAAUCACUGAUCACUCUUAAGAAGAAGUGGGAUUUGUUUGUGAGGGUUAACUAAGCCUGGUUUUUGCUAUCUGUGAUGGAAGAGAAAAAGGAAAUGAAAUUCGUGAGACCUGAAAGUUUGAGUGUUGGGGCAGAAAUUCCUGCAAUUUCUGCACCUCCAUUUCAGCUCCACUGUCCUUCAAUGACGAGGUCACCAUUGCUAGACAUAGCUCCCAAAACUCCCAAAACACCCAAAAGUCCCUUAGCUUCGCUUCUGAUGAGUACUCCUAUAGCCAGCCCCAUGAAGAAGGCAAUUGCAAGCAUGCAAUGUUACUUAGAAGAAGUUGGCCACUUCACUAAGCUUGAUCCCCAGGAUGCAUGGCUUCCCAUAACCGAGUCUAGAAAUGGUAACGCAUACUACUCGGCAUUUCACACAUUGAGCUCAGGAAUUGGAGUUCAAGCCCUUCUUCUUCCACUUGCUUUCACCACUCUUAGCUGGACUUGGGGAAUUCUAUGUCUAUCUCUAGUGUUCAUGUGGCAACUAUACACUCUAUGGCUACUGAUUCAGCUACAUGAAUCCGAGUCCGGGAUGCGUUAUAGCCGAUAUCUCCGGCUAUCAAUGGCUGCCUUUGGUGAAAAGCUGGGGAAGCUUCUUGCUCUCUUCCCAGUCAUGUAUCUAUCAGGUGGAACCUGUGUGACCUUGAUUAUGAUAGGUGGUGGAACCAUGAAAAUAUUUUUCCAAAUUGUCUGUGGAGAUACAUGCAGCAUGAGGCCAUUAACAACAAUAGAGUGGUACUUCCUGUUCGUUUGUUUGGCAAUUAUUCUAGCUCAGCUCCCCAACUUAAAUUCUAUAGCUGGAGUUUCCCUGAUUGGAGCAAUCACAGCCAUUAGCUACUGUACACUGAUAUGGGUAGUGUCCAUUAUUCAAGGUAGGCCUGAGGGUGUAUCCUAUGACCCUCCGGAGACAAAAUCCGACAUGGCUAGAAUUUGUGACAUUCUAAAUGCACUUGGGAUAAUCGCCUUCGCUUUCAGAGGUCACAAUCUUGUGCUCGAAAUACAGGGGACCAUGCCUUCCAGUGCAAAGCAACCAUCCCGUAAGCCAAUGUGGAGAGGAGUAAAGUUGGCAUAUGUGAUCAUAGCGAUGUGUUUGUUUCCUCUUGCAAUAGGAGGCUAUUGGGCCUAUGGUAACUUGAUGCCAAACGGAGGGAUGCUCAAUGCUCUACACAAAUAUCACGGACACAGCACCUCUAAGUUGCUACUAGGAUUAACAAGCCUAUUCGUUGUGCUUAACUGCCUCAGCUCAUUUCAGAUAUAUGCAAUGCCAGUGUUCGACAAUCUGGAGCUCAGAUUCACCAGCAAAAUGAAGAAACCAUGUCCCUGGUGGUUGCGCAUAGUGUUCAGGAUCUUCUUUGGAUGCUUGGCAUUUUUUAUAUCAGUGGCACUUCCUUUCUUGAUGAGUUUGGCAGGAUUGAUUGGAGGGGUUGCACUCCCAGUUACCUUGGCAUAUCCAUGUUUCAUGUGGAUACUCAUUAAAAAACCCACAAAAUACAGUGCAAUCUGGUGCCUGAAUUGGAUACUGGGAGUCUUGGGGAUGGUGCUUAGCAUGCUAGUUAUAGCUGGAGCAAUAUGGACUAUUGUGACCAUGGGUAUCGAAAUUCACUUCUUCAAGCCCCAGUAAGCAGGGUCUUAACAAUCAUUCGAUACCGCAUCUCGAGCAGAUCUAAAACUAAACCGUUCAUCUGAUCCCAGAUGGAUGAAAUACCUUCAGGAGUGGCAAGCACAGCCACUGCUUGAAGAAUCUCCCCACGCACCAACUUAAUUUGUAGUUUCUAAAUCUUUACCCUUGAAUGUUGAUAUUGACCUGUAUCAUAUCAUAUUGUUGAUAAAUAUAUAACCAUUUUCAACAGUAA